AUGACACCCACAACAAACGCGAAGAACAUCCGCAACCGCAAACCACGGCACAGGAAGCGGAACCGCCGAGGGCGCGCCCGCGACAAAGUUCGCUCUACCGAUUCUCCCCAGCCUCUGGACGAGGUCCUGAACGAGAGAAAGCGCAAACCCAAGAAGAAGAGCUCUAUACCAAUUCCAGUAUCCGAUGAUCCACUCGAGAAGAAUAUCCCCGAGAAGGCUCCAAUGCCAGAAGGCUACGUUCUCGUCCCAAAAGGCGAUGUCUACGUCACCCGCCACUGUCGCAGUAAAACCAAAGACGCCGAUCAAAUCGUCUACGUCGUCUAUGUAAGUUCUCCAACUCUGCAAGUAAACCUCAAUCUAACCCACCAGAACCACACGGGCAAACGUACCUUGGGGAUUCGAGUCCCAGAAGAUAUCCACAUAUCGGUCCUUGCCUCCGCAGCAGAGACAAAAGAGUCACGCGCAAAUGCCGUGUCCUUAAGAGACAAGAAAGAUCUAUCCAAGUCUCGUGCAUUGCUAAAGUCUGAAUUCCCGCUCAUGCCCAAGGAAUCUCUGAAAAUUAUUCUUGAGCAUGCCUUCCUGAAAGGCUCGGGGCGGGUCGGGAGGACGGGGAUGAUUAGUGAUGAUAAGAAAAUUUUGUUAGCGGUUGAUGCGCAUAUUCGCCAUGUGCAUACUCCAUAUGAAAAGUUGCUUGAUGCUGGUGUUGGGAGGAAGGAGGCUAGAGAGCAGGUUUGGGAUUCUGUGAAGGCUGUGGAACGGGCUUGGCAGGGUGUGACGGAAGAGAAAAAGAAGUUGCCUUUGAGGCCUACUUGA